AUGGAUAGUGUUUCAGUUAAGAUUUUUGGCUGUUUUAGCAGAGAAAGCGUUGGCGUGUCUUCCGCUUCGAAAGAAACUUUGGUUUUGCUUGUAUCUGAAAAACAGCAGAUUACUCAUUCAGUUGUCAAGAGAAAAGAUGUGAUCAAGGGUAUAGUGAAGGUGCCCCUUCUGCGUCUCACAGUAACAGCCUCUCAGAAAGGAAUGAUAACUGUGUUUAGCAAAAAGAUGAAGGUUCUGGCAACCAUCAAUAUUGAAGAUACUGCUUGGAUCACUGGAUGUGAUUUUCUGCCUAAUCUGAAAUAUGUCGUGGCUGUAACUGAAAGCACAAUCAUUCUCUGGGACUAUAAAUCAAAAGAGAGCGAGAGCGAUGGCUUUGUCAUCAGACCAAUGAAAAACUGCCUGCUCUGCGUUUGUACCGUGACUAUGGCAGAUAACCUGGCUAAGGAUACCAUCUUAAUGGGAGAUGAUAAGGGUUAUGUUUAUCUGCUUACUAUCACCAGUGAUGACUUCAUAAUGAAACAAUCUAAAGCUGAAAAAGUAUUAAAAUUUAAAGUCAUGGACUCCGAAUCUUUUGACAUGCCUAAACGCAAGCUACAUGAUGACUGGGUUGGGAAGAUUAAGUAUUUUCCUGCCCUAAAACGUUUUGGAUCCUGUUCCACAGACAGUAUUAAUUCAUUUGUUUUGGAUGACAUAAAGCGACUAGAGGACCACUUACCUGUAAAGGAAUUUUCUGUCCCGAAAGGAGUAAAUGCUUUCACAUACUGUGGAAAGGCAAAAGUCAUUGUCACUGGAGGUAAUGACAGAAUCCUUCGUUUGUGGAAUCCUGUUGUUAAUUUUAGUCCUUCGGGGAAACUAUUUGGACACAAACAUGGUAUUGUGGAAAUUGUGACAAAUGAGAAAGAUCAACAUGUCAUCAGCCUUUCCUGUGCAAAGGUUUUUAGAGUGUGGGAUAUACAGACUCUUUCACCACUGCAGGUCUUCUAUGAAAGUCACGGGACUCCAGAAGAGAUGAAUGCCUUUCCCAUGAUAUUUGACAAUGACCAUGGCCUGCUUUUCACAGGUUCAGAUGUCAUUGAUAUUUAUCCCCUGGCUAAUGUGACAAAAGGUUCAAAAGAGUUGCCUCAGACACAUAAGAAGAGCCUCAAUGUUCUGCUUUACAACAGGGCUUUUCACCAGAUUCUCAGCAUUUGCACUGAGUCAAUACUAAAGGUCUGGGACCUAGAAACAGGAUCUCAAAUAUAUCAAAUAGAAGAUGCACAUGGGCUGAAUAUUGAGGUGACCUGUGCGGCCAUUGAAAGAAAUGGGGUUUAUCUUGCUACUGGGGCAUGUGAUGGAACAGUGAAAAUCUGGGAAUUUGAAAGCGGGCAAGAAGUUAAAGCCUUGCCUUUAACACAAGACAGUGAUGAUGAGCAUUGUGUGCUGAAGAUGGCAUAUCUGAAGGCUGAUGGAGGUCAACAUGCAGUUAUUGUUUUGGAACAGAGAGGGAAGAUAAAAAUCAUUCAGGGUGACUCAGCUCAAACACAUCUAUAUGUCACAUGGGUGCUUCCUGAGAUAGUGCCAUUUCCACGAAGGAAUCCAGUUGUGUAUCUGUCACUGAGGCCUGCCUCCUUAGAAACACAAGAUUUUUUUCCAGAGAUUCGGCUUCUAUGUAACACCAGUUCCAUGAGAAAUGAUAGAGAGACUUUUUUAUCUUCUGUGGAUAUUAGGUGUUUUGAUGUUUUACAAGUAGAAGGCAGCAGAUCAAUAGCUACAGGAAGUGCAAAUGGUGAAAUAAAUUUGUGGGAUUUUGAAUCUGCCUCUGUGAAAUGCCUGCGUAAAACUACUGAAGACAGUGAGGUCUCUGGAGUCAAUGCCAUAUUAUUCCUUGUACGUAGUGUUUCCUCUUCCAGGAGAAGAAGUUCCCUGUCCUCUGCUCCUUCUGUGAGGAGUAAUGCCAGUGCCAUUGCAGAGCACAAGGGAAGUUCUUCGGACCUACAUGAGAAAAAUGCGGAAAGUGAUGAAAUUAAUACUGAAAUAACUGAUGAAAUUAAUACUGAAAUAAAAACAGCAACUAAGAAAGAAACAACUAGCUGUGAGGACACCCAAAAUCCGGAGGUGAAUGAACAGUUGUUGAAGGCUAGAGCAGGACUAGCACCUCUACUGGUUUCUGCUCAUGACAGUAGCUGUAUCCGCCUAUGGAGUAUUCAGGGAAACUUGAUGAAAGAACUUCUGCCAUUUGCAGGGCGUCCCUCAGGUCCUCUGACAGCACUGUGUACAGACAUCUUCACUAAAAUUCUUUUGACAGGCAGUAAAGAAGGAUAUGUUUUUCGCUGGAAUAUGGCCUCAUUUUUAGAAGAUUCACGAAAUAUAAAAAAUGCAAUAAAGGAGGAGCUCUGCUGGAGGGCACAUGCUGCUGAAGUGGUUGACUUAUUUAUUGAAGAGGAGAAAAAUGUGGUAGCGACAGCAUCCAUUGAUGGUUCAGUCAGGCUUUGGCAUGCCAGGACUGGAUAUUAUUUUGGUUUCUUUGGACAAGCCAGGAAGUUUGACUUAACAGAUACCAGUCGGUUGAUUUUGCCUUCUGAUGUUAGUGAUUUUUCUGCUAUAAUUAAAGAGGAGAUCAAACGUACGGAAAAGAAGAAGAUUGUAUAUCCUCUCAUGCUGGACAGAGACAAGUUGAAGUCACUAGCUGGAUCACCUUCAGAUUUAGAAAAGGAUGGAGAUGAGGAACCAGUUCACAGCUUCAAGUUUUUCAGAGCUCUGGCUCCUGAAAAGGUUCAACCUAUGGAAACUUUUGAGUUUGCAAGCAAAGAGGCUGGCGCAGUAUUUGGGUUUCUUCCUAUAUAUGAGCAUUCCAGGACCAUGUCACAACAUGACACAGAGCACAGAACACAUUUUCAUCCUUUGGCUAAGCAUACAAAUGGUGCCAAGUGUCUCACCUUAGUGAGAAAAAAGGUAAUUGCAUAUGCAUAUAAGUAGUGAUAAUGCAUAUAACUAGUGAUAUUAUUACCUACUAUUUUGGGGGAAAUAGCAGGUUUUCUAUAACACUGGUAUUGAAUGCUGUUUGAUCUGCUGGCCUUCUUGAAAAGACAUUCUUCUCAUGAACUGGAUAUACAGUGACUUGCAAUUAUUUACCUGCCUUUGACUUGUUGCAAGGCUAUGAUGGAUUGAAGGGUAGCUGCAAAAUAUCUUGUGGGAGUAUCUUUAAAAUUCUUAUGAUCAGCUGUACCGGAUCUGGCAGGGAUUAAUGUAAUUUUCUCCAUAGCAGCCUCAAUGGUGCUCUGUCCUGGAUUAGUAAAUAAAAGUGUUGAUAACACACCAGUGUUUUGGCUAUUGCUGAGCAAUGCCAGCUCAACAAGAAGGUGCUGUUUUUCCCACACUCAGUGAGUAAGCUGGGAAGGGACACACCUGGGACAGCCCAUACCAUAUAACAUCUUCAUGGAAUGGGGGAGGGAACCAAGAUCUUCAUGGUUAUAGUGUUUGUCAUCCCAAGUUGUCCUCCCAUUAUGUGUGCUGAGGCCCUGUUUCCCAGGAAGUGCCUAAACAAACAUCUGCCUACUGGUGGUAAGCAGUGAUUGAAUUACUUGUUUUGCUUUGCUUGCACAUGAAGCUUUGCUUCACCUACUAAGCUGUUUUCAUUGUGGCCCAAGAAUUUUCUCACUUCUGCUCUUCCACAUCUCUUCUCCAUCCCACUGGGAGAAGUAAGAAAGCAAGCAAGAAACUGUUUAAGCAGUCAGUGUCUUCCAGGGUUAGCCCACUACAUUAGCCAGCCUUGUGAUCAAAGCUAAAAUCAGACUUGUCUGAUAAACCAAGUGGCACCAAAUAAAGUGCAAUCUGGCAUUUACUACCCUCUCACCCAUGAUUUUGCAGUUAGCAUAUGAAAGGUAACAUUCUUGCAAUUCUGAGUCCUGUAUCAUUUUGAAAGCUACAAAAAGUCUCUUUCAGUUACCUAAAAAUUGCCUUUUCUUCAAAGGCUAUUAAAAAUGCACAGUUUAGGGUCAAAGAGAUCCUUAGCCAUUUAUUUUGAUGCUCAUAUGUGUUAUGUUUUAUCAUAUGUAAUAUAAUAUUUUCUCUUUGGCAUUGUCCCUAAUAAUCAGCCUAAAUUAUUUUACUGUGGUUGCAAGAUGCAGAUAUCCCACUUCUCUUCAGUUUAUUAACUGACUAUUUAUUAAAUAUUUUCUUUUAACAGUGCUAAGAUUUCAUGGGUUCUUAAUUUUCAAAUUAUACCCUUUUAGUCUUGCUUCCUUCUCACUUCAGUUUUCUUUAUUAAGUGCCCAUGUUUUCUAGGAGUUGACUUGCAUUCAAAAGUCUAAUUUCAUGCCACUAUAUUCUCCAUUGUGCAGAAACUAUCCAUAAUAGUUUACUGGCAUAGUAGUACUAUUGCCAGUAAAAAUCAAGUGUUUAGUCCUGUGGUGAGUGAAAUAAUGGACAGGCUCUCAGGAGGGAAAGGAGAGAGCCAUACUGUGAGGAAAACUGUCAAAAAUGCAUGAUGUGUGUGUGCUAUCUUUAUCAGCAUUCCACCCAGUCAUUGCUAUGCUAUUUAAAGUGUGACAAAGAGUGCUAUACAUGCUAUCAGAUCUUUUUUUCAUAAUUGAUUAUAUUAAAAAAAUCUGAGGUACAUCAGACUGUAUGUCAUUGUU